GUUUUCCUAAAUUCGCCACCAGAAGACACCGUCGUUGGGCGGCCAGCGGAUUGCCAAAUCCGGGGAUACAGAUACGGAUCAAGUGGUCGGAGAUCGCAGCGCCUCCUGGCUGAUAUUCCCGCGCUGAUUAGACGAUGGGCCUGCUAUCGCUGUUGCGUAAACUGAGACCCAAUCCGGAAAAGGAGGCUCGCAUCCUGCUGCUGGGAUUGGAUAAUGCGGGCAAGACCACGAUACUGAAGCAGCUGGCAUCGGAGGACAUAACCACGGUGACGCCCACGGCGGGCUUUAACAUCAAGUCCGUGGCAGCCGAUGGCUUCAAGCUGAAUGUAUGGGAUAUCGGUGGUCAAUGGAAGAUACGACCAUACUGGAAGAACUACUUUGCGAAUACCGAUGUGCUGAUCUAUGUAAUUGACUGUACGGAUCGAAGUCGACUGCCCGAAGCGGGUAGCGAACUAUUCGAAAUGCUCAUGGAUAAUCGGCUGAAGCAAGUGCCCGUGCUGAUUUUCGCCAACAAACAGGAUAUGCCGGAUGCCAUGAGUGCCUCCGAGGUGGCCGAGAAGAUGAGCUUGGUGCAGUUGCAGGGACGCACCUGGGAGAUCAAGGCCUGCACCGCUGUGGAUGGCACUGGACUCAAGGAGGGAAUGGACUGGGUGUGCAAGAAUAUGAAGAAGUAAUCUAAAAUCGAAAUUAUUGUAAUCGUCGCCUGUUAAGUUGUCCUUAAGUACUAAAUAUACGUACCACAUUCUGUUUCACCUCA